AUGGAGGCUGAGAAUUCAGGAAAUGUUAAGCUCAAGUGUUGUGUAAAGAAUUAUGAUUGGGGUAAAAUUGGGAGGGAGUCGAGUGUUGCGCGGUUGUACGCGAAGAACAGUGGAGAAGAAGCAGAAGAUUGUAAGCCAUAUGCUGAGUUCUGGAUGGGGACCCACGAGUCCGGGCCCUCCUACGCGGUGGUAGCGCAGAUGGUGGUGGGUCAGGGAGAGAAUGGAGUGCCGAAUGGGAGUCAUGGUAGUGGUAAUAGCUGUAAUUUAGUGAAUUUGAAGGAUUGGAUUGAGCAAAACCCCUGUGUAAUUGGUGAUAAGGUUUUGCAGAAAUGGGGCCCCAGUCUCCCUUUUCUCUUCAAGGUGCUUUCAGUGGCAAAGCCAUUGUCAAUACAGGCUCAUCCAGAUAAGGUUUUGGCUGAAGUUCUUCACAAGCAACAUCCAGACGUAUAUAAGGAUGACAAUCACAAGCCUGAGAUGGCUUUGGCACUCACUGAGUUCGAGGCUUUAUGCGGGUUUAUCAGUCUUGAGGAGCUUAAGCUUGUUGUUCACAAUGUACCUGAGAUUGUAGAAGUGGUUGGCAAUGCAUGUGCAGAUCAAGUAUUGCACAUCAGCAAACUGGACGGGGAAGAGAAAUCGAAAGAGGUUUUGCGUUCCAUAUUUACUGAACUCAUGUUAGCUAAGAAGGCUGUAGUUUCUGAAGCAAUCUCCAAGUUGAUAACUCGACUCAACAUAAAACGUGAAGUGAGGGAGUUGACAGACAAGGAAGAGCUGGUAAUGCGGCUUGAGCAGGAAUAUCCAGGAGACGUUGGUGUUAUAGCGGCCUUCUUGUUUAAUUAUGUCAAACUUAGGUCGGGUGAAGCCCUUUACUUAGGGCCAAAUGAACCUCAUGCAUAUAUAUAUGGUGAAUGCAUUGAGUGCAUGGCUGCAUCGGACAAUGUUGUACGUGCUGGCCUUACUCCAAAGAAUCGGGAUGUUCAAACUCUCUGUUCCAUGCUCACAUACAAACAGGGCUUGCCGCAAGUCCUCAAAGGAGUUGCUUUGAAUGCUUAUACAGUUAAAUAUAUUCCUCCAUUUGAGGAAUUUGAGGUUGAUCGAUGUUUCCUACCUGAAGGAACAUCAGCUGUUUUUCCUGCAGUUCCUUGUCCAUCCGUGUUCCUGGUCAUGGCAGGAGAGGGAAAAAUCCGAACAUUAUCCAAUGAAGAGUUGGUUGAUGAAGGGGCCGUACUUUUUACAUGUGCUAACACUGAGAUCACUGCAGCAACUACAACAGGUUUGCUUUUAUAUAGAGCAGGAGUGAACAGCAGGUUUUUGGAAGAGUCGAAUACUAAGUCAAACUAG